AUUUGUCUCCUUUGACAAUCUGAUAAUUCUGAUAACGAUAAGAAUAAUCUUUAAUCUCAUCUCAUCUUCAAAUUUAUACGUUAUCGUCAGUAGCAUAGUAGCAAUUAGUGCAUUUUGACACACCUUUAAUUUCUAGCGAGCUCUAAUUUGCCGCUCCCUUUAGAAAGUGCAGGGCCCUAACUAAGUACCAGUAUCAGGCUCAGAAAAUACAACAUCCCAUCUAAGUGGUGAAAGUGUAGAUUUAAGAAUACACAAAAAAUAAUGUCUGGAAAACGUGGUUUUACUCAAUAUAGCACGGACGUGAAAAUCUUCACCGACUUCGACGAUCAUAAGUCGAAAAAGCUGAAAAUUAUGAGCAAAGUUUUGGUGAAAGUCGGCGACAGUAAUGGUGAUAGUGUAAAAGAAGCCGGGAAUGUUGGUAGUUCCAGUUUGGAGGAAGUCAUUGAUGAUGUGAUCGAACGAUGUAUUCCACCAAUCAACAACAACAAAGCCAGUGUGUUGGAGGAGAGCCAGCUGAACGACAACCAAGAUGAUAUUUUUAAUAAAGCUAUUGAAGAGCACGAAUUACGGUUGGCCGCGGAAGAACGACGAAAAGAAGAAAUGCUGCACAUACCUAGAGAGAAGAAUCUACUCUUGAACCCUAAUACUUUCAAACUUUCGCCCUCUGGAGAUGCUAGUGUAACUGUAGGAUUUAAAAUGCCUACAGGUGAGGUUGUAUGUAGAUUGUACAACCUGACUGAAACUGAAUACAUCGAUUUCAACUUGAGAGAAUUUGUCCAGUUCACUAAGAAAAUCCAGAAUAAAGUGAGUGAAAUCCAGCAAAUAUCGUAUAGAAGAAUUUUAUGUGUGUUAAAAAAUUAUAGUGUAAAACUCUGCCCAGACAAAAUGCUGAUGUUUGAACCAGUUUCCCUGACCACAGAACACUCACUCUUUGUUUCGGCAGAGUUCAUAAAUCAGAUAUUGAGUGUAAGAUUAUUUAUCAUCACAGUUUUACAAGAAAGAAAUAUGAACAAAGUCUGUUGGCCCGAUUAUAACGCUUUUAUUUUAAACAUAGCGGAACAUCUGAGGGCCAACAGGGACGCUGAUUUUGACAGUCUGCUAUUGAAAACCAUUUUUGAAAACUAUAAUUGCAGUAGUAUCUUAUUUGAGAUGAGAUGUAAGAUGUAUUUUACCAUAAGAAAUGACAUCGGUAAAAUUAUGGACCAUUGGAAUGUGUAAAAAUAUCUAUCUUAAUGCAUUAGUGUAACAAACUACCUGAUUUUUCUGAUUUAAUUAACAAUAAAUAACACAUUAAGUAA